GCCGACGCCGCCUUUGGCCUUUUGAGAAACUAUAAUAACCACAACAACUGCCUCUUCUGCGCUGAAGUUUUCCUCUUGCUCUCCCGUCAAUUACCUCCCUGCAUUGUCUGUCCUCCUCCUCCUCCUCCACUCACCUCACUUCACCCACAUCACACCCAAUGGCCGACAUCGAAAAAGGCUCGUCGAGCUCCGACCCGUCUGCCUCGGACGACCUCACCGACCUCGCCCCCGUUAUCUCCCCCGAGCUGCGCAAAGAAUACGAAGACGCCGGCGUGCCGCUCUCGGUCUCGCCCUCACAGCCUGAAGAUCCCGAGGACCCUGUCCUGCUCGAGCGCGUCCGCACCGCAAUGUCCAUCGCGUCCGAAACCGUCGGAACCCCAAAGGCUCUCGAGCAGACAAAGUCGGGCAAGCCCCUGCCGGCUUUUGGCGGCGGUAAGCCCUACCCGCCGCUCGUCGGCAACCGCGAGGCCUACGUCGUCGAGUUUGACGGGCCCGACGACCCGACCCAUCCACAGAAUUUCCCGUUCCUGAAGAAGGCAAAGAUCAUGAGUGUCCUUGGUUUCUCGACCUUCACCGCUGCCUGGGGUUCGUCGAUUUUCUCGUCCGCGACCGCAGAGAUUGCUGAGAAGUUCCAUGUGUCGAACGUGGUCGCCUUGCUCGGCAUGUCGCUCUACGUCCUCGGAUUCGCCUCUGGCCCGCUCGUCUGGGCUCCCUUCUCUGAGCUGUCUGGCCGCCGAAAGCCAAUUAUCGUUGGUAUGCUCGGAUUCUCAAUCUUCAACCUGGCUGUCGCGCGCGCGUACGAUCUGCAGACCGUGCUCAUCUGCCGUUUCUUUGCCGGUUUCUUUGGUGCCUCGUGCUUGACCGUCGUCCCCGCCGCGUUCUCGGAUAUCUUUGGUAACCGAUGGCGUGGUACUGCCAUGGUUAUCUUCUCUGCUGCUGUUUUCUGCGGUCCGCUGAUGGCUCCUGUUGUCGGUGGAUUCAUCGCUGCUUCGUAUUUGAAGUGGCGUUGGACUGAAUACCUCACCAUGAUCAUGGGCUGGGCUUCGUUUAUCAUCAUCGUGCUGUUCAUCGACGAGACUUAUGCGCCUGCGGUAUUGAUCGAGAAGGCCUCGCUUAUCCGUCGCGCGACCGGCAACUGGUCGAUCCACGCGCGCCAGGAGCAGGUCGAGCUCAACUUCCGCGAGCUGAUCGAGAAGAACUUUACCCGUCCUGUGCGCAUGCUCUACUCCGAGCCUAUUCUGCUGCUCAUCACUAUUUACACCGCGUUUGUGUAUGGUAUUCUCUACCUGCUGCUGGAGUGCUACCCCAUUAUCUUUAUCGAAGGAUACGGCAUGUCUUCCACCGUCGGUAUGCUUCCUUACAUGGGUAUGAUUGUCGGCCAGCUGCUUGGCUGCGGAGUCGUCUUACUCUUUGAACCCCGUGUCUUGCGCGCGAUUGCCGCCAACGGCAAUCGACCUGUCCCCGAGGCCCGUCUCGAGCCGACGAUGAUCGGCGGCUUCCUCUUCCCGAUCGGCAUGUUCUGGCUGACCUGGUGCGGAGCCUAUCACGAGCACGUCCACUGGAUGGCUCCCACCGCUGCCGGUGUGUUUAUCGGCUCCGGCAUCAUCCUCAUCUUCUUGACCUGCAUCACCUACCUGGUCGAAUCCUACCUGAUGUUCGCCGCCUCCGCGGUCGCCGCCAACACCGUCCUGCGCUCCGGAUUCGGAGCCGGUUUCCCGCUGUUUGCGACCGCGAUGUUCCAUAACCUGGGUACCCAGUGGGCCGGAACUCUGCUCGGCUGUCUUGGUCUUCUGCUUGCGCCUGUGCCGAUUCUGUUUUACAAGUACGGCAAGAGACUGCGCAAGGCGUCCAAGUACGCUCCCAACAUCUAAGUUCUUUUUUUUUUUUACACUCUUCCAUCGUUUAAUAUGUAAUUUCUCUCAUCCUUUCAUUCUCUCUUUUAAUAUCAGUGUGUGUGUGUGUGUUUGUUUAUACAAUCGUCGAGAUGAAGAAAGCGAUGGCUCUUAUGACGAAGGAAGGACCCUGGAUACAGUUUGCUUUUGUUUGAAAUGUUUCUGUUUUACACUAGUCUCUAGUCUCUGGUCAUUAGUCUUUGGUGACUGGGGAUUGGUCUAGGUCUAGUCAUUGGGAUCGGACAAUCGUGUUGGUAUUCUCAUUAUAUUUAGUUUAUAGAGGAGGAUACUGAUGUUUAAUAAAUCAUCAAGAAUACUAAAA